AUGGUUAAGAUUUCAUUGGACAACGUUAAGUUGUUGGUUGACAUUGAUGACAAGCCACAAUUCGAGCCAUCCAAGACUACUGUCAAGACUAUCUUGACUAAGGAAGCCCUGGAGUUCAUUGUCUUGUUGCACAGAACAUUCAAUGCUAGAAGAAAGCAAUUGCUUGAGAACAGGCAAGAGGUCCAAAAGAAAUUAGACAGCGGCAACUUCAAGCUGGACUUUUUGCCAGAGACAGCUAACAUUAGAAAUGACCCUACAUGGCAGGGACCUACAUUAGCUCCAGGUUUAAUUGACAGAUCUACUGAGAUCACUGGUCCCCCAUUGAGAAACAUGUUGAUUAAUGCUUUGAACGCCGAUGUCAAGACUUAUAUGACUGAUUUUGAAGAUUCUGCUUCACCAACUUGGCUAAACCAAAUAUACGGUCAAGUCAACCUGUAUGAUGCUGUGAGGAACCAAAUUGAUUUUAAGACUCCAAGAAAGGAAUAUAAAUUAAGAGACAGAUUUGAAAACCUUCCAACAAUAAUUGUCAGACCUCGUGGCUGGCAUAUGGUUGAAAAGCACUUAUACGUGGAUGACGAACCUAUCAGUGCUUCUAUCUUUGAUUUCGGUUUGUUCUUUUUCCACAAUGCAAAGGAGUUGAUCAAGCUAGGAAAAGGUCCAUACUUUUACUUGCCAAAGAUGGAGCAUCACUUGGAGGCCAAACUAUGGAAUGAUAUCUUCAAUGUUUCUCAAGACUACAUCGCUAUUCCACGUGGUACCAUUAGAGCAACUGUGUUGAUUGAGACUUUGCCUGCUGCUUUCCAAAUGGAAGAGAUUAUUUACCAAUUGAGACAACAUUCCAGUGGUUUGAACUGUGGUCGUUGGGACUACAUCUUUUCUACUAUCAAGAGGUUGAGAAACCUACCUGAACAUGUCUUACCAAAUAGAGAUUUGGUUACGAUGACCUCACCAUUUAUGGAUGCAUAUGUCAAGAGAUUGAUCAAUACUUGUCAUCGUAGAGGUGUUCAUGCCAUGGGUGGUAUGGCUGCCCAAAUUCCAAUUAAGGAUGAUCCAGUUGCAAAUGAAAAGGCUCUAGCUAAAGUCCGUAACGAUAAAAUCAGAGAAUUGACCAAUGGGCAUGAUGGUUCAUGGGUUGCCCAUCCAGCUUUAGCUCCAAUUUGUAACGAAGUCUUUAUUAACAUGGGCACUCCUAACCAAAUUCAUUUUGUGCCUGAAAAUGAAGUUACCGCUCAAGAUUUGGUUAACACCAAUAUCACUGAUGCUGCAGUUACACUGGACGGUAUUAGACAAAACCUGGACAUUGGUCUACAAUACAUGGAAGCUUGGAUCAGAGGAUCUGGUUGUGUCCCUAUCAACAACUUAAUGGAAGAUGCAGCUACAGCAGAAGUUUCCCGUUGUCAAUUAUACCAAUGGGUUCACCAUGGUGUAAAGCUAAGUGAUACUGGUGACAAGGUUACACCAGAUCUAACUCAAAAGAUUCUAGAGGAGCGUGUUCAAAAACUGUCCAAGGAGUCUCCAUUGGGUGAUAAGAAUAAAUUUGCACUUGCUGCCAAAUACUUCCUACCUGAAAUUAGAGGUGAAAAGUUCAGUGAAUUCUUAACCACGCUUCUAUAUGAUGAAAUUGUUACUGCUAACUCAUCUGCAACUGAUCUAAGUAAGUUGUGA